AUGAGAAAGUUUAUAGCUAUUGCUCUCCUUGCCUUCGUAAGCGCAAACGUGAUCUUGCCUUCUCGCAUCUUCCAAGUGGAGACUGGAGAAGUCUUUGCUUUACAGUCAGUCACCAGCGAAGAUGCAGCCCGUAUUGAAUCAGUCAUGGGCUGCUCUCUUAAAUGCGUAGACAUGUGCUUCCAAUUCGCCAAAGGUAUGGCUGCUGUUCAAUGUACCCAACAAUGCGGCUGCAAAGACCUUUUGACUCCAAUCAAGACCACCCAGCUUUUCAGCGAUUUCUCGAUUGAAAUCACAACACCUAAGACCGCUAAUGACGACUGGGAUAUUGAUCUCACCAUUGGCCAAGACCAAGAUAAACAGGUUAACAUUGAAGCUGGAACAGAACAGAUUGAUGAAACCACCACUGAAUCCCACGUCGAAGUUGACAUUGCAGGCGCCGACCCAGACAAUAAAGAAUUUACCUAUUCAAAGGUAUAAGAUGUCCACUCUCAACUGAAGCCGCACAGUAAUGAGGAAACAUAGGUACCGGAAGUGGCAUACCUUCGGGGGAAAGACCCUCUGUGAUGGAGUCGGAAAGCGGUUGAACCUCCCGAAUAGGAGGUCUUUGGUGCCUGCGUCACGAAUAUGGCUAAUACCUGACUUUAAUAACCUAACCUAUUCAAAGGUAAAAGCUCAAGUCACCAAUGAAACUGACGGGACCACCGUAGAAGCUUCUCACUCAGAAUGGACCACCCCAGGUGGAGAACUUGACGGAAGCUCUGAUAGCAUUAAAGUUUCUGAUGGAUAUGGAAACUCAGAAAAAGCUUAUGCAGCUGAAUUCCCUAAUCAAGACGCUGCAGUUGUCCAUGUAGAAGAAAAACAAGUGACCCCAACUGAAGAUGGCGCUAUUGUUGAUGAAUAUCAUCAAGCCGCUGCUGUUAAAAAUACCACCGAUCCUUUAACAGGAGAAACUAACACCUCAGCAAUUGUCGUUGAAUAUGGCUCAAGCACUGAUUACUCUGCAGAUGAGACUUCAGGAUCCAUUUAUAAGGAAGAAGGAAUCAGCUGGCAAGUUAUCAACACAAUCUCUAUCAAGCCUAUUGUUAGAUCUGCAACUGGAUGUGAAGUUAACUGCUCAAACUUCUGCUCAGAAUUGAAAGGAGAUAUUGCUGCAUGCAUGACCACUUGCAAUGCUAAUUUCUGCGCUCAAGCACCAGCACAAGUCAAGACUGCUAAGCCGAAAGCUAAGUCUUUCGGAGUCUGGGCGUGGGUUGUAUCAAUUGCAAUUCUUGGAGUCGCAGUUGCAGUGUUCCUCAGAAAGGUUUAUGGAACCAAAUCAAGAAGAGUCAUGAAUGACUUCAAUGAAUCAAGCGCGAGCUAUAAGAUCUUGGUCUAA